GCGCCGUCGGCACGUUCUCUUCUGCUAAAGGCUGAAAGUUACACUGAAGGACCCACUUUAAUGGGUGACGCGCUAAAAAAGACAGUUGGAAGAGCUACAGGGAAACUUACUAUCGUAUUUUAUUCCGGACACUGCAGUUUUCUCGUUUGAGUAAGAGACUGAUUCUUUUACUCAGCGUGAACUGUUCCUUAAUAAGUACCGAACAAACCGCGUCUGUGGUCUACGUUAGUAUUGCUGUUUUGUGCGCAAGUGCAAUUUACGAGAACUUAGAUAAGUAAAUUUAAAUUAUAUCAGACACGCACCGGCUAUGCAGCCCGGCCGUUUGAAGACAGCUUGACUCGUUUGAAUCAGGCUUCAUAUUCGCAGCAUGGUCCAAUAAUUGGAAGACAGAGAUAGUUAUACAUAAGAGAUAGAGAUUAAAAAAAAUACAUUUGGGACUCUUUGAGGGGUGUAUGUGGGAACAUCUGCUUCUCACGUCCAGGUGUCCCGCCGAGAGGUGCGGACUCUGCAGCUCAGGCCGGCAGCGCUGACAUGCUGCCUAAAGUCGAUACGGAAUCACUCGGACUCACUCGAUCGUAUGGAGAACAAGGGCGUAUGCCAAGGAAUAUGCAAGCCCACCAGUUAAAAAUGAUGGACUACUCCUAUGACGAAGACUUGGACGAGAUGUGCCCCGUUUGUGGAGACAAGGUUUCAGGCUAUCACUACGGACUACUGACCUGCGAGAGCUGCAAGGGCUUCUUCAAGCGCACCGUCCAGAACAACAAGCGCUACACAUGUAUAGAGAACCAGAGCUGCCAAAUUGACAAGACCCAGAGGAAGCGCUGCCCGUACUGCCGCUUCCAGAAGUGCCUCACCGUCGGCAUGAAGCUAGAAGCUGUUCGGGCGGAUCGCAUGCGUGGCGGUCGCAACAAGUUCGGCCCGAUGUACAAACGGGACCGGGCCCUGAAGCAGCAGAAGAAGGCUCUGAUCCGAGCCAACGGCCUGAAGAUUGAGGCCAUGACUCAGGUGAUGCAAGCUGUGCCCACCGACCUCACCAUCUCCUCAGCCAUCCAGAACAUCCACUCGGCCGCAUCCAAGGGCCUUCCGCUGAGCCACCACCCCGGGCACCACGCCGGUCACCACCACCACCACCACCACCACCAUCAUGCCACCGCCCUGCCCCCCACAGACUAUGAUCGCAGCCCAUUCGUCACUUCGCCGGUCAGCAUGGCUAUGCCGCCACACGCCGGCAGCCUGCAGGGUUACCAGGCGGCCUACGGACAUUUCCAAGGCACACGCACCAUCAAGUCAGAGUACCCAGACCCGUACACCAGCUCGCCGGAGUCCAUCAUGGGCUACGCCUAUGUCGACGCCUACCAGACCGGCUCGCCGCCCAGCUUUCCUCACUUGAUCGUAGAGCUGCUUAAGUGUGAGCCAGAUGAGCCGCAGGUACAGGCCAAGAUCAUGGCCUACCUUCAGCAGGAGCAGGCCAGCCGAGGAAAACACGAGAAGCUCAACACCUUCGGCCUCAUGUGCAAAAUGGCCGACCAGACUCUCUUCUCCAUCGUAGAGUGGGCACGCAGCAGCAUCUUCUUCCGUGAGCUUAAG